AAGGGAAAUGGUACCCUCAGGGUGCUGCCCUGCUUCAUCAUCACCGCUGUGGCUGAACAAGUGAAGAAAUCAUGAAUCAUCAGUGAAGGCCUGAAGUCGAAGAUUAGAUUGUAUAUUACAGAUCAUUUACUUGCUGGUGCUGUUGCCCACAGUAGUCUGUUUGGAAUAGCGAAUAUUGGUGUAAAACAUUUAAGUUGUUUAAAUUUACGUUGCAAAGCUGGUGGCCUGAUUUCUGGAGCUUUGACAUUAGCUAGCUAAACCUACCAGGCUCAGUAAAACUUGUAAACACUUUUGUGAAAAAUGGCUGACAACGGAGCCCACCAGGCUGAAGAGGACCCAGCCGCAGCUUUCCUGGCUCAACAGGAGAGUGAGAUAGCAGGGAUAGAGAACGACGGCGAAGGGUUUGGGGCGCUGGAGGGAGCGGACAGCCACCAGCCGACUGAGGCGCAGUCGGCCAACUAUGACGGUUUCGGGGACGAGUCUGCCACAGUGAAUGGGGAUAUGUUUCAGGAAUCCAAUGGCCCAACAGACAACUAUGCAGCCAUUGCCCAGGUGGAUAUUCAGAGACAGGAGCCAGAGAGUUUACGCAAGUGGAGGGAGGAGCAGAAGACACGCCUUGAAGCAUUAGGUGAGCAAAGAUAUUUCAUUGGGCUAUUCAUCUACCUCAUUAUGUCACACUUGCAUCUAACAAUAUGGCACUUCUCUCCUCUGUUUUUCCUCUGUUCUCUGCUGUUACAUCCUAAGACUCAGGCAUCCAAGGCAGCAGAGGCAGAAUGGAGAGAGAAAGCCAAAAAGGAGCUAGAGGACUGGCAUGUGCACCAGAAUGAACAGAUGGAAAAGAACAAGGCCAACAACAGAGCAUCAGAGGAGGCUUUCCUGGCAGAGACCGACGGCGACAGCCCAGGAUCUGAAUGGGAGAGAGUAGCCCGUCUCUGUGACUUCAAUCCCAAAACCAACAAACAGGCAAAGGAUGUUUCUCGAAUGCGUUCUGUCCUCAUCUCCCUCAAACAGACCCCUCUAGUUCGCUAGAGUUCGCCUUGUCGGUUUUAACCUCUCGUCACAUCAGAAGAGUUUGUACGCCCUUUUCCAUAAAAUUCCUGGUAUGUUUAUAACCUUUGAAAAACUUCCCGCCUUUCUUUGAUGCCUGAGAUAAUAUACUUAACCUCACUCUCUUGUGAGAAGAUGAAGGACUGCUCUAUUGCUACGACAUCCUUUAGCUGGUCAGUUUUAUCACUGCUACAUAUAAGAAAAUAUUGUUACUGUAAGUUAAGCAUUAUCCCCCCCCCUUUAACUUAUAACUUGUUAUUGGGUCAACUUUAUUGCAUGCCUCUGCCAAUAUUUUGGAUGCACAAUUUUUAGUUGUUUUUAUAAAUUAGCAUUAUGGUCAAUGUCAAACACUUACUUAUUGAGCACUGUUACGGAUUAGAUUGUAACCACUUAUGCCUCAUUCUGAACACAAAUUCUUCAUUCACGUUUGUUGUAUUAUAUCCCUACCGUAUUUAAAGUAGCUUGCAUAUUUUUCUCUUUCACGUACAUGAGCUUGUGGCCUUUUUAAUCUCGCUCUUACUCCAGUUUUGAGUAUUUAGCCUGGAUGAAUUUCCUCUUCAAUUAGGCAAAAUUUCAGGAAAAAAAAAAAAAAAAAAAUCACAACCAAAGAUUUCUGCCAUCAUCUUAAAUUUUCAGAGUUCACACGAUUAACGGCUUGUGCGAUUUCUCAUUUCACUGGUUUUCUCAGCAAACGUUUUAUGCAUCAUUUUAUGUUACACUAAAAUGCAUUCUAUAUUUUUAAAACAGCAAUCAACAAGGUGUCAGUUUCAACAGUAAUGUCUGCACAUUGUUUCACAUGUUGCCUAUUUGGACAUUAUGAAUACUGAAAAAGUGAAUGUUAAAAGGGAACUGGAAAAUAAAAACAGUGGAGUACGAUCACCCUAAAUUAAUUUGUCCUUAAAUAUUUACCAAGAGUUAAGACUGUUGCCAUUAAAAUACCCUUGAGAUUAUCACUUAAAUCCCAGUUUGUCCAGCCGAUGUGUGAGGAGCUAAAAUGAUAUACUCUCAGACACACACUCCUGAAGGCUGUGAGACUGGCAUGAUUGAGGGAUUUAUACACAAUUUUUAGCACUCAGAUGUGUUUGCAGGUACACAGCAGCUAAUUCUGUGUCUAAUCUUAUCCUACAAAGGCAUGAUUCAGACUUAUAUUGUCACGAUACAAGUGUCCCACCUAACUGGCCACCAAAAUGCCUCUGCACAGGUAAAGUGAUUUCACAAAGUGCUGUUCAGUUCCUAAUACACCAUCUGGAGCCCUCCCCACUCAGUGAUUUCCAUGUUAUUAAAGUCAGAGUUUAAGGUGGACAUUGAGACUGGGUCAGUCUUUGUCUGAAUUUCUCCUCAUUUCCAUCUACUCACCCCAGCCAUUAAUAUAAAAACUGUGUUCACAAUAAACGUCCCUGGUGAUUUUUUAAAUAACUUGUUUAAUAAAGGUUGUAUAAGAAAUUGAUGUCCCCUGAA